ACACACAUCAGCAAGUCUGGCGAGGCCUACCGGGUCUGCCAUGUCACACUGGAGUCGACGGGGCACCUGCUGGGUGCUCGCCGUUGUGCUAUUGGACAGGAUCUUCUUUGAAGCGUUGACCAUAGUCCAAAAUCAGGGUGGGUGGCCAUGGCCGGUGGUCGGGCGUGUGACCCGCCGUCUCCGCGGCUCCUCCUGCUGAGCCUGCUGCUACUGAUACCGCCGAGCCGGGCCUGCAUGGAGACGGUGCUGCAGAACGGCACCAUGGCCGACGCCGAGCUGGUGGUGCCCCAGCUGACCGUCCCCUCCAGCUGCGCGUGCUGCGCGCUCUGCCACCACCACGACACCUGCUCCAGCAUCAGCUUCAACGCCGUCAGCGGCGCCUGUCGACUCUACUCCUCGGUGCCCGACUUUUCCCGGAUCACCGUCGACGCCGACAGCGCGCUGUUCGUCCGUCCGGGCCGCUCCAACCACCUGCAGUUUUGUCGACACGACUCGGACUGCGUCGACCCGGCCGCCGCCGGCGACCGGUGUCACGGCCGAGUCUGCACCGAUGACCUGACGGUGACCUGCCGUGACCUGGCCGAGACGAUGGGCGCGCCGAUGAACGACGUCUACUACGGCUCUCUGGACGGCGUGACGACCAAGUACUACUGCGCCUCUCACUCGGGCAUCGAUGGAUGGACGCUCAUCUCCAGAAUGACCGGUGGAAAGGGAUCUUGGUCUCGGACCAAUAUGAUGGAACAGAACGUGGACUCUCCAGACAACCCGACGUACUCGCAACUGUCUCGAGCCAACGACCUGAGCCUUGCCGGGGUCGACACGACAUUUCAGAUUCUGGUCCUGUUCACCAAGGGCACCGACCAGCAGGGCUUCUACGGCACAGUGCCGGUCCAGCAGUCGCUCGAGGUGUCGGCCUACAGUCCAGACUACAUGACAUCGGUGACGAUUAUCGGGUCCAUCAAUCCCACCAAGGCAGUCCUGCCGUGGAUGCCCUCCGCCGGCUCGGCGCUUCUGUCACUGAUACCGGACCAGGGAGGAAAAUAUUUCUUCACGGUGCUCAACAUCUACGGUCAGCCGUAUCUGGAUGCUGGGAAAACAACCGCCGAGUACUUUGUUCGCGAGUGAAUGGCGCUAAUUUCGUUUCAGACGGUGUCAGAGAGACAUGACCUCUCCCGUUUAGAUUUGCCUGCGCUUCGCUCACUUUUUUGUGA